AUGACUUUAGCUAAGGAGAUGUUCAACGCUACACAUGAAGCAGAAUUUCGCCAGAAAAUUUGUGACGCUAAAACUAGUCACUUACCAGAUCUUGGUGAUGCUUUACGGAUAUGGUAUGAAGAAACAAUCGAGUGCAGAAAUCAGGAUGUGUACUCAGCUUAUUUGCCAGUUAGCAACAACUUGAAAGACAUGACCAGCAACUUCCUGAAGCAAUAUAGAAUCUGCAGCGGUCAAGUUGAUAAAGAAAUCCUCAGGAAAACUAGGCUUAAAUUCAAAGCAAAUAAAGCUAUUGUGCUGACAGGCCCCAAGAAAUGCGGAAAGACAUCAGUAGCAGUUGCCUUAGCUUCUUCUUAUGAACCAUCACAAUGUUUACUUCUGACUGAACCAAACGAUUUUAAGAAAAUUGAUUUAAAGAAUACCUGUUUGGUUAUUAUUGAGGAGUUUGCCGGGGAGUACUGUUACAGCAAGGAAGACGUAUACAAAUGGUACAGCAUGUUUAACCAUGUGUAUAAUGCCAUAACGUCAGGACAGAUGAACGCGAUAAUCACGUGCGAAAAAGGCAAACUUGAGAAAUGUUGCGUUGAGAUUUCACCACACCCUUUGCUUGAACACAGAGUAGACAUGCCCGAACGUACCACUGUCAUCAAACAGGAGAUGAUACUUCAGAAUACAGAAAAUACUUUAGGUGAUGUGGACAACUCUCACGGAUCAGUAAGUUAUAGUGCGGUUAUGGAAACAAAUCGUAUGGGAAUUAUGGGAGCGUUUAACACGCCUUAUGGCAAUGACAACCCGACGAUCACACUGAGAUUGCCGCAAGGAGGAACAGCUCAAGACCAAGACAUCUCCUCUAUAGGAAUACCGGGGACGUUACAGAACAGUAGAAACCUAUUUCCAACUACUAGGAAUAAUAUUGUACCAGUACAUGCAUUAUCAACAGAAAGAGGAGAUAUUGUAAACAACUAUGCCGGAUCAACAGAUACAGGUACUGUGAUGGAAUCAAGUAGAAAUGGAAUAUGGGGAGCAUUUAACAUGCCUUAUAUAAACGGAACAGAAAGGUGGGACUUACCCAUCUCUGUUAUGGGAACGCCAGCAUCGUUGCAGAACUUCACGACCAGUUAUCGAAGACCUAUUCCGCUAGCACAAACAGUAUCAACAGAAAUUGGAGUUGGUACAGGCCCGCUGUCUCAGAUUCAUGGACAUCAAAGGUAUAAAAAGGGUGAAUUGAAACACUCAGUUUUUAUUUUGGUGACUUAAUUGCUUUAAAUAAGACUUUAUCAGGAAUCGUUUAGACUUUCUAAGUGAUUUUUCUUUAACGGAUUUGAAAGCGAUUGAAAUUUUGCACGCUUGUUCAAAUUUAUUCAAAAAAAUAUCCGGCAGUUUCUUAAACAUGAGCGUCUUUGCGCAAAAUUUUAGGUGAAGCUCGACGUCAGUUUUGCGUGUUUUGCGUUCAUAAAUUGUUUGCCUUGACAAAUUAUACAUCAUUGGAGAGAUAAUUUUAAUACAAACAUAUCUAUUUAAAUAAAGACUUUUUGCCGUAUUUUUUCUUGUAUAUAAAACGCUACUUAAAACACUGUCAAGUAUGUCAUUUUGCGCUCUGCUAAAAAAAUGAGUUAGUGAUCAUGUUUGAAGAUUUACGGCUGCAAAAUGGAGAAUAACAGAAAACUGGAAAAAUACAAGUCAAUCGGAAAUAUCGUCAACUUUAAUUUGACAUUCAAAUCCGUCAAAAAUCGUUAGGUGGCGCAUAUUACCUUAAGUCGAACUGGCCGAUACUGGGCCGUUGUUUGUUGUUUAUAUACGCUGAUGGUGCAGGACGGACCUCUAUCUGCCAUUUUGUAUGUACUUCUGCACGUCUGUUUAUCAGUUAACAAUUUCGUUACAGCUCAAUAACUUCACAAUACUUUGACCUAUGAAUCUUAAGCUAUGAUACACAAACUUUAGUUAAAUAUUGCUCAUGGUUUCCCAUUGAUUUGAGGUCAAUGGAACAAAGGUCAAGGUCAACACAAAAUCGAUUUCUCUUAAUAUGUUAAGACUCCAUUGACCUGCGAUCUUCAAACGUAAUUGACCAAUGCGUGUAUGGCGCGGGAGUUUCUAAUAUUUACCGAUGCUGUAAAACGAGGAGCAAGCUAGAUGAAUCUCUUGAAAAUGACUUGUACUACAUAAGUGUAGUUGUAAUUUGUAUUCUUUUACGUAAAACCGGAUAAAAAUCAAAUAGCUUGAUAUUUUCUCUUCGUUACUUAUAGCACAUUUCUCAUUUCAUUGAACUUUAUUUUACAAAAAUAGAAGAAUACAUAAUAUUACGCUAAAUAUGAUAAAACUAGACGAAAAUUCUGUUUAGCUUGAAAAUGUAACGUUUACUUUCCCUGUCUACAGACGUAAUAUCUCGUGCUUUGUUUAUUAACGCUGCUACAAGAAAAUAGGGUUAAAAUAUUAGUUCGGCAUAAUUUUACUGUUAUUUGUCAAAAAAAAACAUGUAUAAGAAAAUAUUAGCUUUAAGUUCAGAUACAAUCUGACUUAAGUACUUGAUCUUCUAAACGAAGAUCUGAGAACGACCCAUUCACAUACGUCUUCUGUAUAUUUUGGAUUUCCAGUAUUGCUAUAUUUAUUUUAAGCAAUCAGACGACUUGUUCGAAUGUCAAAGAGUAAGAAAAAAUAUGCAGGCAAUCCAGGGCUUGAACCCGGGUCCCCUCACUUACAAAGCAAAUGGCCUACCGGCUGAGCUAACGGCUAUCUGACACAUUAUGGAUUAAGAAUUGUAAAUAUAGAAAGUCAAGGCUACAGUUAGAUUUGCAAAAUGUUGUAAGUUAAGCUCUGAUUGGUUAGCGAAAGGGUCGUCAAAACGAGGCUAUUAAUAGGUCGUUUUCAGAUCCUAUGCGUAGCGUAAUAGGAGAUGUACUUUAGUCAGAUUGGUUCAGAUAGGAAUUUCCGGUUUUCGGGCAACUGCUUGCAUGGUAUCAGCAGAGCAUUCUCUUCGCCUUAAGCCACAGUUAGCCCUUUUACCUGAUAUUCAAGUCAGCACCUACAACCAGUGAAAGUUUAUGUUACACAUAAACGUUUAAUGUAGCGAUAUUACUUGUUUAGUUAAAGAAAACACGCAUAAAAUGGUAAGUAAUGACCGGAUGUAUUAAAACAGUCAUUUUCCACGCAUUACUA